AGUAAACAUUUUUAAUGGCGAAUGCAGCAGGGAUUCGAAUGCAGAAAUCAAACAGGCUUCUAAAGUCCCUAAACAUUGUGUUGAUACGACAACUGUUGGGUUCCCCUAAGGGUUGGAGUUAGGACAAGUUUGCGGAGGCUGAGGUAACAGAACUGGUGGUAACAGAUACCUCUAAUUCACAUCAUCAAGAUGAUGAGUGAUUCGUUAGCAGCCAUUAAUGUGGAUCAAUUGAGUAAUGCCGUCAAUGCUGUUGUUAAUGGACAACAGCAAGGACAACAAAGCCUCAAUGUUACAUCAUCUGUGGCCCAGAACAGCCUGGGUCUGCAUAUACCAACCAAUAGUCCAGUGUCAAUUCCAAGUACAGUGAUGAUACAUGUGGACAGACAGCUGUUGAGUCAACUGUCAUUACCCCCUUCAGUGUCAACUAAUGAGGUGUCAGGAAUUGACAAUGUGCUGUUACAGAACUCAGGUGGCUUUCCAAACAACUUUCUUGUUGCCCCAACCCAGCAACAGAGCAGAUCCGUACAACCCAAUCAGCCGACUAUCGUCGCAGCCUCCAACGCACCACAAAACACACUACUGACCAGCCAGAUGAUGAGCGCACCGUCUGUACCUAACAGGCAGCAAUCAUUCGUGCAGAAUAAUCCAGUGACGACGGUUCUCGGCCCUCAAAUGUUGAGUGUCUCUUCCAGUAAUGGGUCCCAAGCGAUCCCCUUUAACGCACCUGUUAACGCACCCCUAAACGCUAUGCUGGGAACUCAGAUGAUGGUCCCUUCAAUAAUCACCAGUGUAGUUCCGGGAUCUACAAGCCAGAGUGCACCCCUCAGCACGUUUCUAGGGUCCCCCUUGGUCGUAUCGAGGGAUGUAAGUCUGAGUGCUGGGAUCACCAAUGCACUCAUGACUAAGCAAGGCGGAGAACAGAUGAUAUUUAACAUUCAGCCGGAGGUCCCCAGAGGGGUUAACAGCGGUAACAGUAACAACAGUGUUCUGCAACUUGUGCCAAUUAGCAGCAGCAACAGUUUUACAACCAACCAACAAGCCGCUCAGAAUCCCAUGAUCAACAUGAGCAUUGCCAUCCACCUCCCAACCAGCGGUACUCAGAGCAACAAGGAUCCAAACUCCACCCAGAAACAAGCCAGAACAAUCCCUUUCUCCCAGCUCAUGACUGGCCAGCCGAUCCCAGUCUCGCAGAUCACCGGCCCACUUCAGGUUUCCCUUGAGCCUACCCAGGAGCGAGUGGCUCUCCAACCAAGCUCCUUACCUCUUCCGCAGUUGUCGAACCCCCAAGGUAUUUCUCUAUCCCAAAUUGCGACACAGCUUUCUUCAAGUCAUGGACAAUCGACUGGAUCCAUCCAGCCUCAGAUGUCAAUCCCAUUGUCACAACUCGGGUUUGCUCAGGCGAUUCCAGUCUCGCAGAUCCAGCUUCCAGAUGGCGCUCAGCAGGGCACAUCCUGUCAGCUCGGCUCAGCACCACAGCAGAUUCAGAUACCUCAGUCCAUGCUUCAGUCGUUCCAAGCUCAUUCUAUGAACUCACCUUCCGUUACGUCCACAUCAACAGCACCCAUCACUACAGCGAUGCAAGUCACGGCGUCCAUGCCGACACCGAUUCAAGCUCCCGCUGUUAUCCCAGUCCAAGAUAUGCAAGGGAAGCCCUACUGGAACAUCCAUUCCUUGGACCAAGGAUCACAACUGACCUCAGCUCCUCAGCUGACCUCUCCAUUGACUUCUCACCUGACCCCAUCUUUGUCCUCACAGACCCUUGAUGUUCCAUCAGUGACCCCCAUUGCUAAGUCACAGAGACAAGGAGAGGUCGAUCUUGGACUUGUCUCGAUAUCUCCAGAGGGACUGGUCACCAGCAUGAAUGCCGACGAUAUCGCAACCUUAAAUUUAGAAGCAACAGAGUCAAUGGAAACUCUUGCCUUACCUUUUGAAGUUGUAUCAUCAAACAUAUGGUGCAUUGACUGUAACCACUACAAUCCAACCACAUGUACAACUCAUGAUCCUCCAACGACCAUCACAGAUAGUGAGAUUCCUUGCAAAGCUAAACUAACAUUACCGUCGAUGUUGAAGCUUUCGGAAACACUUGUCAAUAGCCAUGGAAAUCGGAAUGGAGUAAUUGCAGUGCAAAGUAUCGAAGCUCGUUGCCAAUUUGGGCCAUUAAUUGGAAAAAUUAUCAGCAAGGAUGACAGUGUUGUUGAAACCCACUCCAAUCGGCUGUGGAAGAUCUAUCGAAAUGGUAUGGUCAGCCACUGCAUAGAUGUUUCUGAUGACGAAAAUUGUAAUUGGAUGAUUUAUGUCAAGCUCGCUAAUCGAACGAGUGAACAGAAUUUAGUAGCCCACCAGAGUGGAGGACAAAUUUACUUCAUCACCAACAAACUCAUCAAGGAAGGGGAGGAGCUCAAGAUUUGGUAUAGCAAAGACUACGCACAGUGGCAGGGAGUACCUGAAACACCCGAGUCUUCAUUCCACUGCACUCAGUGCCCCAUGCAUUUCUUCCAGCGUAAACAACUGAUCCACCAUCUGGGGUGCAAGCACCCAGACAUGGCGUCCCGUCGCUACAAAUGUACAGUGUGCCCCCGAGCCUUCAUCUCAAACACCAAACUACACCUUCACAUGCUGACCCAUAUGGGGUUGAAACCGUACAAGUGUGAACAUUGUAGCAAGCAGUUUUCAGAUCCGAGCAAUCUGCGCAUUCAUACAAAGAUACACACAGAAGAGAAACGGUUUAUUUGUGAUGUUUGUCAAAAGGCGUUCAGACAAAAGAUCCACCUGAUUGCCCACAUGACCACUCACACUGGGGAGAAACUUUUCAAAUGUCCUUUCUGUGAGCUAACGUUUGCUACUCAUUCUACUCUGAGGCAGCACAGAUACUCACAUGAGACGACCGAUCAGGAGUUUGAAUGCGAGAAGUGUGAGCGCAAGUUCAAGAAUCAACGCAUCUUACAGAAGCACGUCAAGACCCACUCAUGGAAACGUGACUACCAAUGUUCGUCAUGCAACAAGGGUUUCUUCACUCGCUAUCACGCCAAGAGACAUUACCAGAAUUGUAAAGGUCCCAGAGAGGAGAGGGAUAAAAAGCGAGAGAAGAGGAGGAGUGAUGGAGAGGAGAAGGUGAGGAAACCAAGGAUGAGGCGAAGUCGUCCUGGAAGACAUCAACGGAGAACGUCUGAUAGUUCAUCGUCUCAGACUCACCAUGAGGAGGGUAUAGCUUGUGGGACAAACACUAGUAUUGAGGAACAAUUCCGUGGAAGUGAUGAUUAUUAUGUUGAUGGUGAACUCACAAGCACGCAUCAGGAAGAAAGUCCUGAGAUUGACAGAGAAUUGUCGAGGAUUGUCUUAGAAACUGCAGAAUGCAGAGCAGGACCUUCAAGAGACGUGAAAUGGGUGCCAGUUGGUAAGAGUGAUGGUGAGGAUUUACAUGACCAACCGACAUUGCAUUAUCAUGGAGAUUUGAACCCGUCUUUAACUCAGUCUGAUGUUCCAUCAUCAUUGGAUGAUUCGUCUGAGGACAGACAACAAAGACGAAGGUUAGAAAGAGGUGCGGCAACAGAGCCGGCAUGUUUGAAUCAACAAAGUGAGCGCCAAAGUGGUCGGCCUGUACGAAGGCGGAAGACUCCCAAGAGGUAUACUAAUGAUGAAGAUCAUCCUCCCGAUAGGAAAGCAGAUCAGGUUAAAGAUACCCAGCAGCGACGAGGAAACCGCAGCAUUUACACUGUAAGCAUUGCGGACACAACGAUUAGCAUACCCAUGUCAUCUGAACAGGUAGGCUGCAACACUGAUGAGGCAUCAUCAUCCACUGCUGUUGACUGCACAGCCAGCCACCAAGUCAACAUCAUGCAUUCGCUUGAUUCAAACAUUCUUGGGGAUACUACGGACACUAGAGGGAGCCCUUCAAACUCUCUGCUGCCCCUGAUUGUUGGCGAGGACAUGCAGGGUUCUGAUUGGCAAACGACCAUCCAGGUAAACUCGCUUGAAAUACCGUCUACUGUCGUACAGGAGGCAGGUGUAAGUGAGCCAUCAUCCAUAGCAACAGGGUCGUUGUCCCUGGAAACAUCCACAAUGUCUGUGCCAGAUAUGUCGCCAUCAGGUGAUGCGGUGUCAGGUCAAUAUGCAACAAGGUCAUCGCCCAUGGCAACAAGGUCAAUGUCAAUGCAGAUGCAGAGGAGAGAGAGUGCAGGUAACGUGGAGCAGUGUGAUGAUGAGGAAAGGGCGGGAACAGUCAACGAAAAUGUUGAGGAAUAAGAGCUCCUUCUGUAUCACACUGGGGGCAUUCUCGCUUGAUUCCUUUCUUACGCAGUUGAAACAUUAGUUCUAACUAGUUUUGUAAAUUCGAACUAGACUAUAACACCUUCCAGCCUCGGUCUGAAAUUAGUCAACUGAAUUAAUUAAAUAAACUGCUUGGUUAAAAAUGAAGAAGUCUACCCUUUUCACACAACACGACAUUUGCAUGCAGGCCAACAAUAAGUGUAGGGAGUGACUAUGCUAACUUCACACGCAGUGUUAACUGCUAAUGCUUGUAACGCUUGCUGUGGGCAAUGCAUUGAAAAAUGUAGAUUAGAUAUGCUGCACUUAACAAAUGAAAUUACAAACUUGAAGGUCAACUCAUUCUUGUAGGUCAAUAGACCAAUCCAUUAAGCCCCGCCUCAUUGCAUAUUGACCAAUCACAACGCCACGAAGGUCCAA